CGAAUGUUCUUAAUAGGUCAUGAAUGAGAUGACGUAGGAUGGAGCACCUUCGUUGGGCGAUGAGAGCGAGGAGGGCGAAAGGGCCAGUCCUGCGUCUAUAAAAGGGCGCACUGUUGAGCUUCCCUCUUCGACAUUAACGCAACAAACUCAACACAAAAACAACUACUCGAACACACAAAGCUUCAGCUUUAAACCAAUCUACUUUUACUACCUCAAACACAUCUAAACAACAUGUCUUCCUCUCCUUCUCGCACUCACGGUAACAUGGAAUCCGCCAAGGGCGCCGUAAAAGAGAACGUUGGCAAGGUACUCGGUAACCAAUCGAUGAGAGUCGAGGGUGCUUCCCAGCGCGCGGCCGGUAACGCCGAAGUAGAGGCUGUCAAGACGGCCAACUAUGCUGAUGGGCAAAUGGACUCGAUGGGCGGAUCUAUCAAGAAGAACGUGGGAAGUGCCAUUGGGAAUGAGCGGAUGCAGGCAUCAGGGGCCCAGACAGAGGCUGCGGGUGAGAUGAAGAAGGCUGCGAACCAGUAAACUUUGUAUACUAUAAAUAAAGAACAUUGGACCAUAUUGUGACUAUA